GUUCAUGACCUUCAAGAUGGUGAAUGUGGCGGGAAGCAGCAUGAACACUUGAGUUAAAAUAUUAUUCGAAAGAAGAGAAAGAGUGAUAGGUUGGAAUGAAUGAAGAAGGGUGAUGGGCUAGAAUGCACGACAUUGGACAAUUCGAAGGUGGUAUUCAAAUUCACUCUCUUAUUAUAAACUAAACGACAUCAUAUGUAGGUUUUUAGGUUCUUCGCCUUCGAGCUUUCUUCCCCCAGAUAAUCACAAAGCCCAAAGGCGUUUAAUUUAGGCGACCUGAAAAGCAGAUAAUCACCGAGCUUAAGAGAAUCCCUUUACCAUAUGAAGAAGAAACUGGUUGUCGUUAGCUACGCGGCUUGCGCCUCCAUUCUCGGAGAUUAUAUGUCUGCGUGUAUAUUAGAUCUAGAAUGUCGUCCAGAUUCGGGUGAUUCAAACGGUAAUCCUCUUCGUCGUGUCCCUCUUAUUCAAAUCGGCGGUAUCGAUGAUAUGGACCAGGAGUGGGGGUAUUGCGUUUUAGAUUCCAUCCUCUAUAUGAGUGGAGAAAAGAAGUCCGUAUAUAAAGUAGAUCUAUCAAAACUGUCUACCUGCACGAGUGAAACUGGUAAUUACAGGGCAGAGAAGAUGCACGCUGAAAUGCUAAGCGAGAAAAAAAGUCCUGUUGCUACGGCAAUCUCAAUGCCUGACGGCAGUGAAAGAGUUCUGGUCUUUUCAACCCGCGACCUUUGUGCGGACCCUUCUAUUAGAAAGACUACUGAUUUUGAAAUUUAUGAUCCAAACUCUGGAAUUUGGGUUGGCCUCCCAGGAAGCGACAUAUGGGGGGAUGAUGCGGCUGUUUGGUUUGAUAUCGUAGCAUUCACUGUUCCCAAGAACAAGUCUCUCUUGCUCAUCCAAACCUACUCUGAUGACUCUUCAAUCUAUGCCCUUGAUUUCCUGUCCCCCCAUGUAGGCUGGCAAAAAAGGGAAACCUACUUAGGUGUUAAAAGUAUUCCAUUUGAUAAUUCGCCACACUCUCUCUUUGUGGAUGAUGAAAUAUGUUUGACUGGUUAUGGUGCAUAUGAUAUUUUGGAAAAGGCUCCUGGCACAGGCUUGUCUCAUGUCAUGCUCUAUCGCAGGAUGGGUACCUAUGGUAAAAACCCGAGUAGAUUUUUCUCUUUUCCACAACAACAACUGCUGGAACAUUCACCUGAGUGGUGUUUUUAUAAAUCAAUAUCACCUCUUGUAACCCUACUUGGCUAUGAUUCCAAUAGUGGAGAUUGCGAGUUCUGUGUUGUUCAUCUGGGGCUAAAUAGAUUUGACAGUUCAGCUUGGAUACAACAAUUUGUUUACAAGUUUAAUCUGAAGGAGUACAGAGCAGAGAAGAGGGAGAAGAAGGGGGCGGGAGGAGAAGCUGCCAAGCUCCGUAUACACAUUCUCAAGCAUUCUUCAUUUCAGGCAGUCCCUGCCCCGUGCAUCUAUUUCGAUGCAUUAUAUCUGAAUUCCUUUUAGCUCGGCCUGAUGCAUUCUCUUGCCUUUCAUCUGGUUGAAUAACACUCCUUGUUAUCUAGCAGUUUGGUUACCUUCUAAUUUGCUAUUCAUGACCUUAGGUAGCAUGCAAUUGUUUUUUGUUCAUCAGCUUUGUCCGUGGUCCAACACUUUUUUUCCCUACUUUCUCCUGAGCUAACUUAUGGUUGGAAAUUUUGCGGUUUGCAUGUCUUUUUUUCUUGAUUUGGUUUUCCAAGUUGUAGAUUGUCAUUUUAGGUUCCCCAACACUAACACAAAUUUUCUUUAUUAUCAAAACGCGUUUCCCCCCCCCCCCCCCAACACCCCCAUAAUCCAAGAAGCCUUGUUCUGCUCUUUUAUUUUGCAUUCUUGGUUGCAUCACGUUGGGGUUCCUACAGAGGUGGCGAAGGACUUCGUUCUCAAAUCUCAAGUAAACUUCACUUUAAUUACGACAUCAGGGUUGGUUGGUAUGGUAGCUGUUUCUAUUCUUACGAACAGUUCUUUAAGUUGAUUUUCGGGAACAAUGAUUAGCAUUUUCUGUUGCUAUUUCUUACUCCUACCGUUUAUAGAUGUCCUGAAUACAUUUAGAUUGCUGUCUACCAUCAAUGCCCACAUGAUGGGAUGACAUAACAAAAAAUAUGCUGUAGAAUUUCCCAGUUUAUUCAUUGAUCUGUGAGUUCAGGUUCUGUUAUUUUUCAGAAAGUAAUCAUUAUCGCAUAAGAAAUAUAUUCAAGUUUUGAACUUUGCUUUUUUAGCUUCUUGUUUGGUUGUGAAAACUUCUUUCCAGUUAGUUAUUUAACUUUUUAUCAGUCUUAUACUCGGGUGCAAGAAAGAGUGUAGCUUGGGGCGUUCACACGGAUACGGGAUGCCAAUAAAACAUAUGAAGUCCUGUGACAAAGGCAAAACAACAACCAACGGUGGCGGAAAUCCCAAUUGAUAUUUAUUAGAAAAUGUAUUUCGUAUUGUUAUUUUUUCUCAAUUCUCAAAUGUAGUUCCUAUUUCAAAUAAAUGCACAUGAACUUUGUUUUUAAUAGGAAUUUGUAUAAUAUAUAA